AUGUCACAAUUAGAACCUCUUGAUGGAAAAGUAAGCAAGGGUGUGAACAAGAAAGGAAUAGCCUAUUACCACAACCUUAUAGAUGAACUUUUGGCGAAUGGCAUACAACCAUUCAUCACCCUUUUCCAUUGGGAUCUUCCUCAGUCAUUGCAAGAUGAAUAUGGUGGUUUUAUUAGUCCUCAAAUAGUGGGUGAUUUUCGGAACUAUGCAGACCUCUGUUUUAGAGAGUAUGGUAACAAGGUGAAGAAUUGGAUUACACUCAAUGAACCAUGGUCCUAUAGUACAGGCAUUUUCUCAACUGGAGUCUUUUCGUCCAAGCAGUGCUCUACAUCAGACGCCCUGAAGUGCAAUAUUAAUUUAGCCACUGACCCUUACAAAGUUGCGCAUUACCAGAUUCUUGCUCAUGGUGCAGCUGUUCAAAUUUAUAGACAGAAAUAUCAGGCAUCCCAAAAAGGUGUAAUAGGUAUAGCUUUGAAUUCAAAUUGGUUCAUCCCCUUUUCUCAAGCUAGGCAAGACCGAAGUGCGGCACUUAGAGCUGUUGACUUUAUGCUUGGAUGGUAUAUGGACCCUGUGACAUAUGGUGACUACCCACAUACGAUGGGCUCUCUUGUUGGCAGUCGCUUGCCUAAGUUUUCAAGGGAGCAGUCUAGCCUGCUAAAAGGUUCAUUUGAUUUCAUUGGCUUAAAUUAUUACACUAGCAGCUACACAGCAUAUGCUCCUAGUUUCAGGAAUGGAAAACCUAACUUUAAUACUGAUUCUCUCAUCAAUACGACAUCGGAACGUAACGGAAUACCAAUUGGUCCAAGGGCUGCUUCAGAUUGGCUAUAUAUCUAUCCAAGAGGAAUUUUUGAUCUUCUACUCCAUAUAAAGAAAAGAUAUAGAAAUCCAGUCAUUUACGUCACAGAAAAUGGCUGUGAUGAGUCAAAUGAUGCCAGAUUGUCUCUUAAGGAAGCUUUGAAUGAUGGCAUGAGGAUACACUACUACCAUGAUCAUCUAGCCUUUGCACAACUUGCUAUUAGCACUAAUUCUGUAGCUGAGUAA